CACGCUUGCGUAUGUUGAUGUCUGCUGCCUGACUCAGCUGGGUUUCUCGUGUUUGGUGGGAACCGGGGUCGUUCUCCUCCUGAAGCACUGGUUCCAGGGCGACGGUGAGACUCUUCAGCAGCAUGGCCGACGCUCCGGACCCCGAAGAGCCGCCCAGCAACAACACCCCCCCCCUCAUCACUGUGUCCGACCUGCCCAGUGCCACUGCUGCAGGCCGUAACCUGAAGGAAUGGCUCCAGGAGCAGUUCAGCGACAAACCUCUGGAGCAGGAGGACCUGCGGCUGCACAACGCAGCCUACGUGGGAGACCUGGACACCCUGAGGAACCUGCUGCAGGAGGACAGCUUCAGACGGCGUAUCAAUGAGAAGUCUGUGUGGUGUUGUGGCUGUCUGCCCUGCACCCCCCUGCGGAUCGCAGCUACAGCGGGACACGCCGCCUGCGUGGCCUUUCUGAUCUCUCAGGGAGCCAAGGUGGACCUGGUGGAUGUUAAAGGUCAAACAGCCCUAUACGUUGCCGUGGUGAAUGGUCACCUUGACUGUGUCCGGAUCCUCCUGGAAGCCAAGGCCGAUCCCAACGGGAGUCGGCAUCACCGCAGCACGCCGCUGUACCACACUGCCCGGGUGGGCCGGCUGGACCUGCUGCAGGAGCUCAUCAGGUUCAAUGCUGAUGUAGACAUGGACCACCAGCUGGGCCCCCGGCUCCUCUUAAGCGCUCGAACCCUCAACACUCUGGUGGUGUGUCCUCUCUACAUCAGCUCAGCCUACCAUCACCUCCCUUGUUUCCGGCUGCUGCUGCAGGCCGGCGCUCAGCCUGAUUUCAACUACACAGGGCCCGUCUGCCAAGAGGCUCUGACCCGGGGCCUGGCCUCCUGCCUGCUGGACGCCGCGCUGCGACACGGCUGUGGGGAGGACUUCAUCCACCUGCUGCUGAACCACGGGGCCAACCCGCACCUCGUGCCCUGGGACGGAUCAGCGCUGGAGGCUCCCAAUCGGAGGGAGGUGGAUCCGGAGGCGCUCAAGGUCUUCCUGGAGGCCAAGAGAUGCCCUCGCAGGCUGACACACGUGUGUCGCAUCAGGAUCCGCAGAACGAUGGGUAAAAGUCACCUAAAACACAUACCCUCGUUACCGCUGCCACAACCCAUCAAGAACUUCCUGCUUCACCAAACCUGACCUCCUCUUUCGCAGGCUGCAUCUCAAGUCGGUUAUUUUAAUUUCCUCGCUCCUCGGUCCUCGGUAUCACCGGAAGUUGAUUUGUCUGCGCCAUCUUGAGUAGCGUCCCAUGGCGCUUAUUUCUGCAGGAGAACCGAGGAUCGAGGAUCGAGGAGCGAUAAUGGAGGAGCGAUAAUCGAGGAACUACC